GCUUCGUUGACAGAGUCGACAGCCUAGCCACAACAGUUCGGCACAAUGAUCCACGAUGGCUUGAUGAAUGUGAAAAAGAAUGAGGGCUUGGUGGCUUUGUUCUCUAAUCAUACUGACUGGCUAUAUUCUUUGUGAAUCAAGCAAAUGUACACGGAAUUUUCACUGCAUCGAUGGUAUUUGCAAUAGUGGAUUUUUCUGCCUUUGCAACGAGAACUGGUGGGACGACCUGUGUCAGUUUUGCCGUGAAAGGCGUAGGGAAUCGGAUAGUGAACCUGUAAUAAUAGAAGGAAAAGAGAAUUAUUCUUUACCAUCCAAGUGUGCUUGGCUUAUUGAAACAGAUGCACCCAGAAAUAACCGAUCAGUCAUACUCAAUAUAAAUGCAUUUUCUGGUACUUGUGGUAAAAGAAGGUUGAUUAUUUAUGAUGGAAAUUCUGUCCGUUCACCACUUCUUGCUAUUGUCAGUGACAUCCUUACAGCUGGAACUAGAGCAAAGGCUGAACCACUUCUUCGACUGAGAGCAAAUUCUGGCUCAGCCUUCAUUGUUCUCGUAGGACAAGAAGAGAAGUCAAACGGCAGAGAAUGCUGGUUUAACAUUACAUACAGUUUUGAGAAACAGUGUUCCAUUGAAUGUGGUAGCCAUGGUUUUUGUACUGAGCAAUCAGGUCAGAUGGUAUGUCAGUGUGAUGCUGGGUGGACAUCCAGUAACUGCAGCAUACCAACCUGUAGUGUUGAGUGUGAUAACAACUCUUGUGAUGCCAAGACAAGAAAGUGUAACUGUACCAAUGGGUACACAGGUGAAACUUGUCAAAUCUCUGAUAAAAGGAGUUUUUGGAGCUCACCAGUGGCAAAUAACCAAGACAUUUUAGAUGGUGUUGCUUCUCAUGCAAUGGUAGUCAUUGGAAAUUAUUUAUGGUUGUAUGGUGGAUUUUCAUUGUCAAAAGGACCUCUGGAUACACUAGCAAGGUAUGACAUCAAAGAGAAUAUGUGGGAAGUUAUUCAAGCCUCUAGUGAAAAACACCAAGGACCAUCAGCAAGAUAUGGCCAUUCGCUAGUGGCAUAUGAUAAUUGUUUGAUCCUUUUUGGAGGCACUUGCAAGAAAGGAGUUGUUUCCAAUGAGACAUGGACAUUCAACAUAACAUUGAGACAGUGGACUCUUUUGAAAAAUCCUGUUGACAAACCAGUGGGUGUCACAGGACACACGGCUACUGUUGUUGGAAAUGACAUGAUUGUUUUAUUUGGAUAUAGUCCUGAUAGGGGAGUUACAAACUUAGUCCAGGUUUUUGGACUAGAAGACAAGUUGUGGAGAACAGAUGAGACUGCACCAAGUCACAUAAAACCAAUGUAUGGACAUAGCAGUGUGCUUCACCAAGAUACAGGACGUAUCUACAUCCACGGUGGAUACAGAAUGCUCAACAGUACUUGCUUCAAAACAUCUGAUGAAACUUUUUAUUAUCAGAGAGACAGGAAAGACUGGUACCACAGCUCUCUGCAUUCCAGUGGUGUUCCAAGGUAUCUUCAUUCCGCAGUUCUUGUUGGUGGCACAAUGAUUGUUUUAGGUGGCAGAGGAGACAGUGCUUUGGUACCAAGUCAGAUGAUGGUAUUUGAUAUUGAGAGCAACAAUUGGAAGAUUCCAACUGAUUCAUUUGUACCAAAGACAGCAUCACGUUAUGGACACUCCGCUGUAGCUGUUGACAGCAUCAUGCAUGCCUUUGGUGGAUUUCAAGGACAAAUGCUUAAGACAUUUCUUCAGUAUACCCUUGGAGACUGCCUGACACCAAGCUCCUCACUCAACUGCUUUAAGCCAGCCCCUACCCGAAUUCCUCCUACAGCACCAAAUGACAUUUGCUCAUCACACAACCCUAAAGUGGACCUUUGCCAUCUACGACAGACCUGUAGAAAUUGUUUAGAUGCAGAUGACAGUUGUGUUUGGUGUGAAUCUCACAGCCAGUGUGUGUCAAAGGCCACUUUUGAUGUCACUUUUCCAUACCUUCAGUGUAUGCAGCUGCUGGAACGUGGAACUGGAACAUGUUCUGGUCUACAUUGCUCAGAAAUGAAGUCAUGUCGGGACUGUCACAUGCUUCCUGGGUGUGGCUGGUGUGAUGACGGGUCUGGCACUGGCUUGGGAAAGUGCAUGCAAGGUGGUAAAGAUGGGCCAUUCCUAGAGAGUGGGAAUUCUAUUGACAGCUGUUCAAAGCCAAACUGGAAUUUCAUAGGGUGUCCAGCUUGCCAAUGUAAUGGACAUAGUAGAUGCACAGAGGAAAACAGAUGUGGAGAAUGCAAGGAUAACACUGAUGGAGACCAUUGUGAACUUUGUGCUAAAGGAUAUUAUGGAGACCCCAGAAAUGGAGGCAGAUGUGAAGCUUGCCAGUGCACUAGCCAUGCUAAAGUCUGUGCUGCUGACACAGGCAUUUGCCAGUGUCUUACCAUGGGGGUCGUGGGUCGCAACUGUAGCAAGUGUGACGAUGACUACUCUGGUACUGCAUCUAAUGGCGGCUCUUGCUACUAUUUAUUCCAGUCUUUUUUGGUAACAAAGGAAUUCAACGUAACUGGAUUCAAGAGUUUUAGUUUUCAGUAUUUUCCCGAAAUGGAGAAACGCAGUGUUCAGAUGGUUCUUCAAUGGACUAAAGAUAGCCUGGGAUCCAUCGCGUGGGUCAACGUAUCUUCUUUCUAUGAAGAAACACCAGAAGAAGGAGAGGAACUAGUGGUCACCCGUGACGUGGUUCCAUUCCAAACCGUGUUUCCUUUUCACGAGUACGAGUUCGAUCACGAAGACCGCUUUGGUCUGCGAGUUUAUGUCUAUGACAUUGAUUCUGGUGGAAAGAACGCCAUUCUCCAAGUAAGUGCAACUUCCAAAUGAAUGCUCAAAGCUUAUUUCUUGUCACAGUAUCGAUACUUUGUCAAACAAAAACGUGACGAGAAUAAUCGUGGCAUUUUUGCAACACAUUUUCAGUCAUGUAAUGAAUCUCUUAAUCACCAAGCUUGCUCGGGACCG